AGCGCAUGCGCAGUGGGGACAGAAACAAUAGACCAAGAUGGCGUCGUCCAUGAGUGGGAUGUUUCCCGGCCAGCAACCUCCAGCUCCUCAUCCCGUCGGAGGUCCUGGUGGACCUGGGCAGCCAGGCUUUGCUGGUACCGCUGGUCGUGCACAGGGGAACACCACGCUUGUAGAUGAACUAGAAGCUUCCUUCGAGGCAUGCUUUGCUUCUUUGGUUAGCCAAGACUAUGUUAAUGGAACUGACCAAGAAGAGAUCCGAACAGGUGUUGAUCAGUGUGUACAAAAGUUCCUUGAUGUGGCUCGGCAGACAGAGUGCUUCUUCCUACAAAAAAGGCUUUUGUUGUCUAUGCAGAAACCAGAGCAAGUGGUGAAAGAGGAUGUGUCGGAAUUACGUAAUGAGCUACAACGAAAAGAACUGCUGGUUCAAAAGCAUUUGGCCAAACUCCAUCACUGGCAGCAGGUACUUGAAGAUGUUAGUCUUCAACAACGCAAACCCUCUGACCUUCCUCCACCUGGACCACUGGCCUUUCUGGAGCAGGCCUCUGCCAGUCUGCCUCCGGCCCCUUUAAAACCAAACUAACACAAACACCCACCACCAUCCUGUACAUAUAUAUGUCAUGUGAUACCAACUGUCAACCAUGCUAAUUGGCAAGUUUCAACCAUUCAGGUUUUGUAUUUAAAUUCUCCAAUAUCUGAUGUAAAUAUCCUCUGCUGUCAGCUUGUUUUUAACAAAAAUAAAUCAAAAUUGUGGGUAUUCAA